AUGGUGCGUGCUGCUCUCAUUUCAUGCCAAACGUUGUUCCUCCCUUCAACUCCCUACAUUCAUGGUGCUGCCAUCUCUUCUUUCUCACCUCCCAUCCACCUUCCGCCGCCCAUCCACCUUCCGCCGCCCAUCCGCCUUCCGUCGCCCAUCCACCUUCCGUUGCCCAUCCGCCUUCCGUCGCCCAUCCACCUUCCGUCCCUCAUCCAUCUUCUCCUAAAGGAGCAGAGGCAGAGGCCGAGGCAGCCACAGGGACAUGAGGGCGAUUCCUCCACCAUCAUCACUCACCCCUCCCCCCCCUAUUUCCCGUACGAGGUGGACACGCUGGACGACAUCUCUAAGCCCACAAGCGCUUCACCUCCCCAUCCGCUUUCCCCAUGUUCCCGCUCUCCCCCACCCCGCUUUUGGAUCUCACCAUCCCCAAUCCUCAACCCCAUUCCACGCCAAUCAGAGCUCCCCGACGAGGUGGACAUGCCGGACGACAUCCUAGCGCACCAGCGCUUUGCCAACCUUUGCUACCUCUUUCCCCCAUCCUUCAUACCCUUCCAUCUCCUUGCUGUCUGGUACUUUGUGCAUUCCUUCACGCCCCACAACCCUCCUUGCCACCUACACGAGUCCCUUCCUCCCAAAUACGCACGCAUAUUCUCCUUGGACAACUGGAAUAGGAGUCCCUCCCCCACGAAAGGCCGCGGAGGAGACUUUGAGUCAAUUAUGACUUGCCUUCCCCUCCACCCACCCCCUCUCAUCUGCCACCCACAGGAGUCCCUCCCGCCCGAGUACGCGUGCAUUUUCUCCUUAAACAACUGGAAGAGGACGCAGAAGGUGAUAGAGGAGCAGGCGGCAACGGGGCGAGAGCGUCUGCAGAACAAAGCAGCCAAUUGUGAGCUGCCACUUGUCGUGACGGGCCUACUGCAGCACGAGGUGCGCAUGACAGUGCUGCACUUCUCAGUCAAGAAGGCCGACUCCUUCGCCGCCCCCAUCAAGUCCAAACAGCGCCUCCUAUUCCACAGCAGCUUCCGCCGCUUCUACACUCAUGCGGCUGCUGGUGAUGUUGGUGGUGGUGGUGGUGGUGGUGGUGGUGGUGGUGGUGGUGGUGGUGGUGGUGGUGGUGGUGGUGGUGGUGGUGGUGGUGGUGGUGGUGGUGGUGGUGGUGGUGGUGGUGGUGGUGGUGGUGGUGGUGGUGGUGGUGGUGGUGGUGGUGGUGGUGGUGGUGGUGGAAGGGAGUGCAGCACACGUUGA